AUGCCGUUGAACAGGAAACAAAUAGCCGUGACCCAGCCUCGUAGAGUUGCUGCUGCAUCGUUGGCAGCCAGAGUCAGUGAAGAGUUCGGGUGCCAGAUCGGACACGAGGUCGGUUAUCAGGUGAGAUUCUCCAACGUCACCCAUCCUCACAAAACCAAGCUCAAGUACUUGACCGAUGGUAUGUUACUCAGAGAGUUGAUGAUCGACGGAAAAUUGUCCAAAUACUCUACCAUCAUUCUAGACGAAGCGCACGAAAGAACGGUCUUGACAGAUUUGAUCAUGGGUUUCUUGAAACAAUUAUUGGUCUCCAAACAGCGUACCGAUCUCAAAGUGAUUGUUAUGUCUGCCACGUUGAACGCCGAAUUAUUCAGUAAGUUCUUCAACGACGCCCCAAUUUUGUUUGUCGAAGGAAAGAUGUAUCCCGUUGGCUCAUUCUAUUUGACCGAUUCCAACGAGGAUAUUGUUGAUACUAUGAUCAGAACGGUUAUACAGGUCAACCGUUCUGAGCAGGAGGGUGAUGUGUUAUGCUUCUUACCGGGUCAAGAAGAAAUUGAUAACUGUGUGCAAGUCCUCACUCAAUUGGCUCCACACCUUCCUAAGGACUCGCCCAUCAUUGUGCCUUUGCCAUUAUAUGCUCAGUUGUCCCCAAACCAACAAGCCAAGAUUUUCGAGAAAUUACCAGCCAGAAGAAGAAAGGUGAUUUUGGCUACGAACAUUGCAGAAACAUCCAUCACGGUUUCUGGUGUGAAGUACGUGAUAGACUCAGGGUUGCGUAAGGUCAAGGUGUGGAAGCACCAGUUGGGCUUAUCCACUUUGUUAACCACUCCCAUCUCCAAGGCAUCUGCCAAGCAAAGAGCUGGUAGAGCUGGUAGAGAAAGUGCCGGUAAGGUGUUUAGACUUUAUCUGGAGAAAACCUUCGACCAAUUCCCCAAGCAACAAGAAUCAGAAAUUAUCAGAAAUGAUAUCAUCUUGCCCAUUUUAACCUUGAAAAAGCUCCAGGUCGAUGAUCUUUUGAACUGGUCCUGGUUGGAGCACCCAGGUCAGGAGGCCAUCUUGAGUGCUCUCAACACUCUUUAUUCAUUAGGAGCCUUGAAUGAUUCAGGCAAGAUCACCUCUUUGGGUUAUAAGAUGGCCGUGUUGCCUUUGCCUCCACAAUUGUCUGUGGUGUUGAUCACGGCCAUGGAAUUUGGGGUGUUAAACCCUGUGAUUGAUAUAGUGGCAUGUCUCUCGGUUGACAACUUACUUCUUAACGUCGGUGGUAGCAACGGGGAAGUCAGAGAUGAGGUCAACUACAAGAGAAGACAAUUCUGCCCACUUGGGUGCAAAUUUGGAGAUUUAAUCGCAUUAAAGGAAUACUUCAAUUAUUUCAUGGAAACAAACUCAGCAGAAACCAAAGCAUGGUGCAAGGAGCUUUUCUUUAGUUACAAAGGGUUCAAAAAUGUCAUGAAGGUAAGACACCAGUUGCGUGACUACAUGAUUGCCACUGUCAAGCAGGAUGAUAGCAUGAAGCAACAUGAAAGAGAUGGAUUGCUCAGAAAAGUGAAAUUACAGUUGGAUGACGAAGAGCAGGGUGAAAUGGAUAUUCCAAAAGUCUUGAAGUCCUUUUUGAAGGGCUACAUCACCAAUACUGCCAUAGGAAUGCCCGAUAGAUCCUACAGAACUUUCAACACCGGGCAGUUGAUAAGCAUUCAUCCGUCUUCGAACCUCUUUGGGAAGGUAAACCUCGAUUGUGUCAUGUACCUAGAGUAUGUUUUCACAGCCAAGGGUUAUGGAAGAAAUUGCUCAGCUAUGGAAUUGGGGUGGUUACAAGAAAUCGCUCCUCAUAUUUUAGGUGCAUCAAAGAUCAGCAUCGCCAACUCAUGA